UUUCCUCUAACCUGGUUUACCCAAUCGUCGGAAUUCCGUACCCUCCGAGGUUCGAACUCGAGACCUCCAUGUACAUAUGGAAAGAAAUAAUCGGAGAGAAUAUUAAAUCCCUGAUCUGCUUCAGGUUCCGAGUUCGAAUCUCGACACGUAGAACGAGAAAGCAACGCCACACGGUGACAUUAGAGGCUUCCGGCUCGGCAAUCGUCUGCUGUUCGGUUUAAGGAAAGUUCGAUCGGUUUUCACUGAUAUGCGUUGAAAUGGAGCGCGAAAAGAAUCCGUACAUCACACAGCCUGUUCCAUGGAAAUCUCGUUUGGCCAACCUACGUUUGCACUCGAAUUUGCCAUUGCCUUUGGCAAAGCAGGAAACAGUUGACUCUGAUGAAGUUCAGUUUCCAACAAGACCAGACCCAUUUGUUCCAACAUCUAAUGAACUUGUUCCCUAUCAGGAAGGCGGUUGUACAGAUGCAUCUUCAUUGGAGUAUGCUCCAUGUACAGAAGUAUAUAACUCAGGGAGAGAUGAUUAUGAAGAACAGGAUAUUCAUUCGUUCUCAGAUCCCACUAAUAACCAACAAGUUUCCUUGGAUGCAUCAUCGAGGACCAGAAAUUCUUCUAAACGAGUUUUACCUGCUGUAGGGGAGUUUACAGUUCAGUGUGCAAAAUGUCUCAAAUGGAGACUCAUUCCAACUAAGGAACAGUAUGAAGCAAUUCGACAAUGCAUUCUGGAAUAUCCAUGGGUAUGUGAAGAUGCUCAUCCCUGGUGUCCAAAUGCAUCAUGCAAUGAUCCAGGUGAUAUUGAACCAGAUAAUAGCAGGCUUUGGGCAAUUGAUAAGCCAAACAUUUCUCAGCCUCCUACAGGAUGGGAACGACUACUUGUCCUUAGAGGUGAAGGUGCCUCCAAAUUUGCUGACGUGUACUAUGUUACUCCAUCUGGAAAGAAGUUGCGGUCGAUGGUGGAGGUUGACAGGUUCUUGAAUGAAAAUCCACAGUACAUAAUGGCUGGCGUUACACUCUCUCAAUUCUCAUUUCAAAUUCCUAAACCACUUUUUGAUGGUUAUGUAAGAAAACGGUCUUCUAGUAAUACAUCCGAUGCAAAUCGGAUGAAGAGAAUGAGAGCUAUGUCGGAAUUGGAAAGAAAUCUUAAUGCUACACAAGCGAAACCCUUAGCAUGGAGGAAGCCUGAAGCAAGCUCUAGUUUGGGAAUGAGUUCAUCAAUGUUUGGUAAUGGUAAUUUUGAUGGAUCUAGUUACAAUCAGGCAAUCGAAUCAGAUUUAUGGAGAACUUUCUUUCCUCAGAUUUCGAAGAAAAAACGAUCAAGUCGCAUGAGAUCUAAAACAGUAGUGACAAACUGGAAUCUCUAUCCAUAGUACACCAUUGCAGCUCUCUAUGCUUUUUUGUCGUAUAGCUUGUGGUUGUAGCAGCUUAAUGAAUUUUUUGUACUGUUACACCUCAAAACCUUUUCGUUUUUCUUUUGAAUAUGAAUCAAGAAGAAAAUGUCUUAAAAUGAGUUUAGGCUGUAGCUCUUCAACUGAAAAUUUAAAUGAGUUGAUAAUUUCGAAAAUAUCCAAAGCUUGUCCGUGUAUCCCCUUGUGGAGGACUUGGGGAUUUUGGUUUAGUUAAUGCGUUGGGUUUCAAUGUGCAGAAGCAAAUAGCAAAUAUCACACGUAAGAUCUAUCUUGCACAUAUCAAAAUGGAGUCUGUUUGCAAAGGAGGACGAAAGAAUUGGUGAACAAAGAGAUGCUAAUCGUUUUUUGUAUUUUAUCUAGAAGGGCUCAACUUAGACGGUAUCCUGUUUGUCAUUAGAAAGAAGCUUCCAAUUCAUGGAAAAUAGACAUGUGCAGGUAAAGCAAAGGAAGCAGUAGUGGUUGUAGGAAAUGUAUAUGUUACUGUGAUAAACGAACGGAUCAUUUCGUUGUUAGUCUGGGUUAGAAUUGUUGUAAUUGACCCGAUUUAAUAACAGAAAAGUGGACAGGAGAAUGUGUUGUAUUUGUGGUAACUAAUUUUCCAGGUAAAAUGAAGUUUAUUAGAAUUGCAAAUUC